AUGCCGUCGAAGUCAAAGCUUGGCGCGCGAGCAGUCAGCGCUGCGAAGAAGUCAUUCAAGCGCGUCGCAGAUAAGUUCGCGCGACCGAAAUAUGUAGACAAAGAAGAGUUCGACGACGAAGAGGAAGACCAAUCUACCUUCGCUAGGCCAGAGACUCGACUGGCCGCGAAGCGACUGAAGGAGCUUGACAGCGAGAUUAGUAUCGUGACCGAUCUUCUCGGCAAAGCUGAUCGUUCCUACACCACGGCGCAAAAGAAACACAACGAGAGUCAGCACAAGCAGAGACUCACCCUGUUCCAGCAAGCACAAGCCGAUCGAAAGUUGAAAGACCACAAAGAGGCAGUUGCUGGACACAACGCGAGACUUCAAGAGCUCGAUAAGAAGCGGAAAGUCCAGCAAGCUCGCUUAGAUCAGCUCAUGAAACUCGAACCACAGCCAGAUACCACAGCCAAGGUUCAGUCAUCGGCGCCAAAGCGCGGUGGCGGAAAAGAUAGACUCCGUCAACUGUCUGCACUGCCAGCAAAGUCACAACAAGAGAGCGACGUCAAGCGCUCUGCUCCAGCUACAGGUGAAAAACGUAAGAUCGUCAUUGAUGAGGACGAGGCGCACGCUCACAAGAAGCAACGCGUGACAUCCGCUCCAGAAGUUCGAAAGGCACCGGGCUCAGCACAUCAUAGACGAGUCCAGCAACAAACGACUGCUUCCAAGAAUGAUAUCAGCGAGAAAUUGUCGACUACCCCUCGAGAUGCCUCUGUCGAUUCUGGGGUGUCGCUGCCACGGAAAUCGAAGCCAGCAUGCCAGGGAGCUGCGAGUACUAAUGAGCAGCCACUGGUGAAGACCAAAUCGGAGGUGGCUACCAGCUCACACACAGCUCCCAUGAAUAAGAAGCAGUUCGUCAGUGCGAUAUCCGCUCAGGUUUCCAAGUCAAAGGCCGCGCCAAAAGCAACUAUGAAGCGAAAGCGAGAUGACGACGUGAGGGUGGAUUUCGAUGGUGACGGCUACGACGAGCAGAGCGAGGCUAGUGAGUCGAUUCCCACAAAGCGUCGCAAAGUCCUCUCGGAUAGCAGUGCCAUCGGACUGUCGAACUUCGGAAACGCAUGCUUUUCGAACGUGGCUAUCCAGCUGCUGAACUUGGCGCUCGACGACGAAGAUCUCAAAGCCCUCCAUAAACAAGAAGCGACGGCGGACGACUUUGGUGUCGACCUCGAGACUGCGAAGGACUUUGACGGCCUUCCGGAUAGCCGUGAACAACUUGACUUGGUCUUGGCUCAACUGAGGAAGUCGAUCCAGCAGAAGGCCAAGCAGGGAAAGAUCAGCAUUACGCCAUACAUUCGAGAGCUGCUCGAAGACAUGCGGAAGUCCACGGAGGAACACAUCUCGCCUGUAUUGGCCCAACAGGCGUUUGCCCACCACAAGACGGCAUUCAAAGCAUUUGACGGCGAGGCGAUGCAGGAUGCUUGCGAAUAUCUGCAGCUCUUGCUGGACUCACUCUUCGAAGAGUGCCCAUCGAUCCGAGAAGUCUUCCAAUUCGAAGUCAAGAUCACCCUCAAGUGCAGCACCUGCGGACAUAGCGAGACUGCGGGAGCGCACAAGGAGGUGAUGCUCAAAGUGCGAGCCCCCUCAUCCGACGCAUUCUCUCUGGAGGAUGUCUUAUCUCAGUACCAACAGGCAAAGUCAGAUGGUCUGAAGACCUGCGGCAAGUGUAAUGCCACUGCCACCAUGCAGGCUAUCAACGAGAUCGAUGCCAAGAAGAUGCCGGCAAACUUGCUGGUGGAGAUCAAUCGCGUUCAAGACGAUAUGAGCACGAACAAGUCUAGACUUCAGCUUGAUGGUCGGAGUCUUGUGGUUGGCGGCACGGUCUAUCAGAUCAAGGCUGUGGUCAAGCAUGACUGCCGCGAAGCAACUUCGGGCCAUUAUUUCCUCUGGCGCCAAUGUAAAGGAGCGUGGCUGAAAAUCGAUGACGAGCUCGUUACCGGCAAGAAGCGCGACACGGACAUGGCCGAUGGUGUUGGGCGCAAGGCUGCGUACACUUCGAUGGUGUUGCUCAAGCGCACGGACAUCGAUUUGUAA